AUGAAGACUCUGAAGCAUUAUGUCUAUUUUUCUCUAUUCGUGGGAACAGCCUUGGCUGCCCGAGGAGGCCACUGUCCACCACUCGGGCCAGUUCUUCCACCUCCUCUUCGACCCAGCACUCACUCCUCCGUCAAAACCGCCAUAAAAAACAUUCAAGACCUCUUUGAGUCUGAAACAUCCGGUCUUGUAAACUCUUCAGUGGUAGUUGCUAUCAAAUCUGCCAACGAAGAUGACUACAUGUUUGAAUUCGCCAGUACACCUCCCAACGUCGACCCUCGUGGAGUCGACGAGGUAGAUUCUGAUACUGUCUUUCGCAUGGCAAGUUUGUCAAAGCUGUUUCCUGUCCUUGCGUUGUUGAAAACACACAAGGUCAACUUUGAUGACCGUGUCACCAAGUAUCUGCCUGAGCUCCGAGCUUUGAAUAAAGAUGCGAGAAAGAAUGAUGCGGUUUGGGCUGUAGAUUGGGAUGAGAUUACUGUUGGGUCGUUAUCUUCGCAUCUUGCCGGAAUACCGGCUGAUUUGUUGGCUGACGUCCAGCCUUAUGGAGAUUGGACGCAGCUUGGUUUCCCUCCUCCUGAUGUAUCCAAGAGCCUUAACUGUUCUGGACUUCUUGGUCUUCCGCCAUGCACAAAGAAAGACUUCUUUGACCGCUUUGGCGAGAGACCUCCCGUAUAUGCCCCAUUUGAAGCAAACCCAGUCUACUCAAAUAUCGGGUUUGCUUUAAUGGGAUGGAUUAUCGAAAGAGUUAGCGGCAUGCCUUCUGGAGAGUACAUCAAGAAACACAUAUGGGAUCCUGUUGGUAUGGAGCAUACAUUUGAGGAAACUCCUGAUGAUUCGUUGGGCUUUAUUCCGCCCGGUGACGAGUGGUGGAACGCGACACUUGGUUAUGGAAAUCCUGCUGGAGUUUACUACUCUUCUCUGAAUGAUAUAAUGGCGUUUGGGGAUGCAAUCUUGCGCUACGAGCUACUUAGUCCUGCACAAACAAGAAAGUGGAUAAAGCCGGCUACUAGUACUUCCUCAACAGGUAUACUUCUUGGUGAGCCAUGGGAGAUAUUCCGCUCCAAUAACGUCACCAAAGAUGGCCGCCUUAUUGAAUUUUACACCAAAGCUGGAGAUAUCACUACCUACCACUCCCUCAUGGUCUUGAUUCCCGACUAUAACUUGACCAUCAGCCUUCUCGAUGCAGGUCCACCAGAUGAAGUUAACGGCGGGAGUCUUCAAAUCUGGUUCUCAGCCAUUGUCCAGGAACUUCUCCCUGCUAUUGAACAAGCUGGCAAAGACGAAGCAGAGGAUAAGUACGGGGGUACAUACUCCGACGCUAAGACCAACUCAUCUCUCACUCUGUCCGUUGAUGAUGAGCCUGGAUUCAGCAUUACAAACUGGACAGUCCGAGGCGUUGAUAUCGCGGCCACAUAUCUCAGCUUUGCCAUCCCACCAGUAUUCCCCACACCUGAAGGACUUGUUCGAUUCCGUUUGUAUCCGACAAGUCUCAAGAGUGAUAGUGAGACUUCAUGGCGGAUGAUGUUUACACAAGGUACGGCAGAGGACGUAGCUGAGACAAAUUCAUUGUUUGUCUGGCCUGAGGCUAGUUGUAAUACGUGGGCUUCUUUGGAUCGGAUUGUGUACCAGCUUUUGUCGCAUGAGCACUUUGUGUUUACAGAGACUGGGGAGGGAAGUCAAAGGCGGGCUGAGAAGCUUGAGCUUGUGGGAUAUAGGGUUGACCUCAAGAGGGAGAAUUGA